AUGAGCACCCCACCAAAACUCAACAAUGGAAGGGGUGGUGAAAUGAAAAUGUCCAAAGAACCUUUAAGAAUGGUGGAGGAAUCAUUCCAUCAUUCCGGGAAAGCCCUGCAAUCAAACCAACCUGUCUAUAACAGUUCUAAAAUGGUAGGAAUGACGCAAGAGAGUGCAUUUAGAGGCUUUUACUGUGAUAUUGAUGGAGUAGACAUGGAAAACUCUGCCAGGCGUCAAGAAGAACAUGAGGUCUUGUUUAAUGCAGCAUUCCUAAAUGAAUACUUCAUGCAAAAAUGUAGGUAUAUACAAGAGUGUGAUUCUCCAGAGGAAGGAUUCAAGGAGUAUGAUUAUGAGGGUGAAGGAUCUGUUAUCAGUUCUAUUGACAACUGCAGCUACAACGAGUCCAACGAUGACCUGGAGUUCUUGAACAACCUUGGGUCAAAGUUCACCACCUUGGCUGAGGUUUGUGGAUUUAGACAGACUCAAUCUAUGUCUCAGGCUGACCCAAAAGUUACUGUAAAUACUGUGGAGACAACACCAACUACAACAGCAUUUACUGCAGUAUCUUCCAAUCACAUGACCAACACUGUCCAACCCAGUCCUGUGGAGAUAACUGUUAAGUCACCACUUGUCCAAACUGCACCUAGUCAGGGGAUGGUCAUACAGGAGCCUAUGUACUAUGGGUUCAACCAACCAAUGCAAAACAAUGUUUUCUUGUCUGAUGAUGGUCUUGGGCAAGGUGUUUACAUAAUUAAUGGCACUGCAGAAGCUGACAGACUUCUCACUCAAGGUAACGGCCAUGCACUUGCACAGUUAGGUAGUGGACAGCAGGGCAUCAUCAGUGAUUCCAUCUUUUACUCUCAAAUUGGACCUCAAAAUCCAGUCAUGAUUAAUCAAAAAAACCUUGUAAUGAUGCCACAGCAACAACUAGAUAGAACUGGUUCACUACAGAUGGUACAAGUACCUGUGGGAUCGGCUGUAUCAGGAGAGAAUGGGCAGGGUAGAGUAACUCUAAUAGAUGGUUCAGUCAAUGGAGGUAUGGUAUUAGUUGGAGGUCCAAAUCAUCAUCCCAUGGGCCCACAACAAUUUUACCCAAUAAGUUCUCAAGAGUUGAGUGGAGCAGUACACAUGAACCAAAGUGUAACUGAUGGGUCCUUUUCCAAUGCACAGAAUGAUGGACAAGGGAAAGUAACAAUUCUAGAGGGUCUCGUCAAUGGAGGUAAUGUUUUAGUAGGAGGCCCAGGAGCACCAAACCUAGUGAGCAUGCCUCAAAUUGCAAAUGGUCAAGUAAACAACCAGCUAUUAGUAAGUGGUCCCUUCUCGAGUGUUCAGAACAUUGUAGCAGGGGAAGGUGGACAGAGUAGACUAUUGGUUAAUGGUCACUCUAUUCUAGAGGGUCCAAAUCAGCGCCCACUUGCCAUAAGUUCAGGAUUGCCUCAGGUGGCAAACAAACAGUUAUUCCGCUCUACAGUGUCCAAAGUUCUGACUUCAAUGGUUAUGACACCAAAAUCCAGAAGUCUUGUAGCAAAUAGGCACCUGAAUGUUUAGGAGUGAUCAAUUCUCAAUUUUUUGCUCUCAGAGAAGCACAGAAACUAUUUUAGGCAUCAGAUGAAUUAGAAGUACUCAAUAUUAAUGACAAUAAAUGACAACAAGUGGGUAUGAGCUUUUUUUUUGUUGUUGUUGUUGAGAAAUCUACAUUUUUGGAGGGUGUUUUGAACUUGUUUUAAAGGCCAAUAUUGUUAAUAAAUGUUGUAUUUUACUUUUCAACGGGAUAAGGUAUCCUAUUUCUACAGAGCAGAUUUCAAAGAAAAGGUCAACACAUUAGACAUAUGCUUUAUAAGGCAAUAAAUAACUUGAUUAACAAUAAAUUAGAGGGAUAGUUCACACAAAAAAUGAAAAUUCUGUCAUUAAUUACUCACCCUCGUGUCGUUCCAAACCUGUAAGACUUUAGUUUAUCUUUGGAAUACAAAUUAAGAUAUUUUUGACGAAAUCUGAGAGCUUUCUGUCCCUCCAUAGACAGCUACACAACUACCACUUAGAUGCUUCAAAAAGUUCAUAAAGAGAUCGUAAAACUAAUCCCUAUGAAUUGAGUGGUUUAGUCCAAAUCUUCUGAAGAGACUCGAUCGCUUUAUAUGAUGAACAGAUUGAAUUUAGGCUUUUAUUCACAUAUAAACAUUCAUCAGCUCACACAUCAGUUGUGAUAAAUGGAAGUGCAAGCAUGUUUGCUUGAAAUGGGAGAACCAAUGAGGUUAAUUCAAAACGAAAGUCUGGCGGGUUUGGAACGACAUGAGGAUGAAUAAUUAAUGACAGAAUUUAAAUUUUUGGGCGAACUAUCCCUUUAAACAAUUUAUUAUGUAGCCAUUUAUUAUGUCUGAUUAUGUAUCUAUAUAUAUUGUAAAGCUUUUAUUUUCAUAAAUUAAAUAAUUACAUUUUGAACCAUCUGAAUGUGAACAUUCAAGUUGAUUGAUUUAAAAUGAGUGUUGAUUAUUAUUAGUCGUUAGUUCCGAAAGAGAAUGCAGUCACAUGAUUCCAUGGAAUUCAUAGAAUUGCUUUCUGUAAACAGUGAGGAGGAGUCAAAGUUAUGUUCCUGUAAAAAUCAAAACCACAGAUACUAUUGUAUUUAAUAUUUCUCUAUUUUUGUUGUGGAACACAUCUUUGGUGAAACGACUGUGGUUUAGUACAUUGUAAUAAUAAUCACUGAAGUUAAGGAGUUGGUAAGAUGGCCACUGUGAUGGAAAUUUUUAACUAAUUAAUAAUGAACUAACAUUUCUUUUCUUCUACGGGCCUAAUAAGCUAACUUUGAAAUAGAGAAAUAGUCACUAGGACUGAGUGUAGUAACAAGUGGAAAAAUUCUGCUGUGCUGGCUAGACAGCAUCCUUCUAAGGAUAAAAAAUAGUCUUUGAAAAAUUGUUUUAACCUAUUGAGUAAUCUGAACUAUUAACCCGGUGAUAUUUUUUGAUGAUCUUGUGAUUCAGUUGUUCUAAUCUAAAUUUACUCCGCCAAUAAGUGGGGCAGAGGAACUGAGACGUUUUUCUUAAAUCUGAACCAAUCAUAUUAAGAUUGAUGAUUAUGAGUAAUAGAUCAUGCUAUACUGACAGUGAAAUGUACCUGAAAUCCUAUAAAACCUGCUGUAUUCCUUUGUUCGGGGAGAGAUUCUAUGGAAUUGAUUAAAGCGUUGAAGGACAAAAACUGGAGUCUCUGGUUAUUGCUGCGCAGCAAGUCAGGUUAGGGAACACUAGGUUUUUGAGGGUCAAGACGUUGACCGAGAUAUUAUUGAGUGUCGAUUUGGAGACGCUCCUAAAGAUUAUAUAUUAUUGAGUGUCGAUUAGGAGAUGCUUCGAGUACUAUUGAGUGUCGAUUUGGAGACGCUCCGAAAGAUCAGGAAAUUUAUUGAGUGUCGAUUAGGAGACGCUCGGGUGUCGAUUAGGAGACGCCCCAGGAACAGGUAAUCUUGAGUCGGGUGCGUCUUGGAAAAUCUACCACACCACUCAGUGUUUUUGAACACAAUGUUGUCUUGUGAAUGUGAUAAUAAUGUGUCUUAUUUUUUCAGUAGCUUCAAAAAACUUCCCUUAAUCAUUCACUUUAAGCAUUACUGCAGGUUUAUUGUACACUAUAAUUAUUCAAGUUUAUUUUUUUAUAGCAUUUUUUACAAUACAUAUUGUUUCUAAUUAUGUGUGUUUUGCAUUGCAUAGCUAUGUAUUUGGAAGCUGUUACCUCUAUUGCUACCACUGUAAAAGCAAUAAAUAUAUAUAUGGCUA